AUGGAGUUUGUGGAUGCAAUUGGAGAGCUUAAGGCGCUCCCAGAGGGUACCCAUCUGCUCUGCCCUCGACAGAUGGACGAUGACUAUGGGCGCUAUGACGACUUCGACGAAGUACACGAGUCGGGCAAGACGGUCCAAACCCUGGUGACAGAGGCAACUGCCCGGAAAGAGAAAUUUCUCUCAUGCAUGCGCAUUCUGGCCUAUAACAAAGAUGGCGUGGAGGAUCUUCAGGACUGGGUCCUCGGCAGGCUGGAUGAUACUCUGGAGAAGUGUGAUCUCUGCAUUAAGCAGUAUUACACGGGCAAAAUCUGGCUCAUGGAUCAGCUCAAGGAGGAGAACUACCAGGAAGAGGACAUUGAGGCAUUUGCCCAGCGGAUUGAUGAGUGGGACAUUAAGCGCAUUACGCGCAACCUGACCACUGCCACAGAGCAGAUGAAACAGGUUCCACCCCAGCAGAUCGGGUUGGAUGUCUUGGACCGAGCGGCCCUGCUGUCAAUCUUUGAGACCCUGAGUUGCGAAGCUAUGCUGCGUAAUGAGGGUCUGCUGCAAGAAUACUUUGAUGAGCCUUUCAAGCUCAUUCAGACCAAGCGGAGCCUGAAAGUUUCAGACUACAUCCCGGCGGUCACUCGGUUCCUGUUCGAUUCCAACCAGCUUCGAAGCUUUUGGGCCAUCCACUCUUGGACGCGAUAUGCACGGCCCCCGACCACGUUGGAAUUCGAGUGGACAAUCAGGGAUGGGCUGCUCAGUGCUCUGCGGGUCGCCUCUCCAGCAGCCACCACAGCUCGCAGUGAUCCAGCGGCUGAGCAGAUCACACAUCAGCUCCGGGCGUUGGAAAUCGAUCCAUGCCGUCUGUCCGUGGACCACCUUUCCAUCCCCACCCCUGGUCUGCGGUUUCUCCUGAAUACCAUCCAGACUUUUCUUGAGAAGGCCCCAGUCGACUUUUGGGAUGCUAUGCAGACCAUAUCACCCCAGGCCAUCAUUGAGCACACGUUCUACAAUCCCCAAUUCAAUAACUUUCUCAUGCAAACCACUGAUGGCGAGCCUUACGAGAAGUCAGCUUUGAAAGACAUGUUGUCAUGGAUCAAUCCAUUUCUGACCUCGCUCAAGGGCGCUCAUCAACCGUCUGCCUGCCGAUUCUUGGCAUUGCAGCUUCUGAAUCGCUGUCAAGAUCAGCAGUUCCCCAACCUGGCCCGGUACCAUUGCUUCCAUAUUGGAUUGACCAGCCUUCUCCAAACCCUUCGUCGCUUCACAGACCAUGAAGGCUCACGAGGGUCAGUUGCCCGCGUUGUGCUGGCCGAAACGAUGGGUGUCGUUAGUGAUAUCAUCACCAAUAUCCUUGAGCCUCCUACAUUUGCCAUUGAGCAGGGCCGGCAGCGGGAGAUCGUCUCGCUGUGCAUGGAUGUCGUCCGCAAUACCUUGGCAUUGGAAUGCCAGUCCCUGAAGAGUGACUAUGAGGUCAUCCUGAAGCACAACACACUUUCGCACGGGGUGUCUACCUACUCUGCGCCGAUCUGGGAUGCUGUCAUCAAACAUCUCCAUCCAGAGAACAUCGAGCUGUCGACUGCGGCGUUGCUGGGAAUUCUCCCUCUCGUAGGCCUGGAGAAGUUUUCGACCAAGGGAGAAGCAAAUCAGGAGAAGACCCAUUUUAACAUGAUCUACGGCCACCUCACCCAUCUCUCCUGCCAGAUCAUUGAGCGUCUGGCAGACUUCAAGCCGAGUCACCUGGAGACUCUGUUUGCUAGUCAGGACACCAGUAGUGCUCUCAUAUCUGCCCUCUUCGCUGCCGACUUGAGCUCGUACCAGGCUGCUGUGGAUCUGAUCAAGAAUUUCAGUGGGCAGUCUGCUCGACGAGACGCCAUCUCCCACCUCCUACAGUCGUAUUUCACGACCACUAUGUAUGGCCUCAGUUGGUCUUUCCGCCGAAUCUCCAACAUGAAGACCUUUGCCCCCGCCCCGAGAAUGCUCCACACUGGCACGGAUAUCGUAGAGAUUCUGUGUGAUAGCCAAACUGGUAUGCUGCGAACGCGCAACCUCGCCGAUCGUCGGGAGGUCUUGUCGUUGCAGAAGCUGUGGGAGUAUUUAUGGCAGGCGCUCAGUACGAUCUUUGAUGAGACCGAAGCCUGGCAUCUCCGCGGGAACGACAAGUCCGUAAUGCUUGAGUUCUGUCGCGAUACGAUCCAGUUCGCUGAUUUCCUCUUCGAUCAGUAUGGCGUGUUUCUGGGUGCUGUGGGCGAUGCGGAUCCUGGCCAGAAAGCUGCAUCUGAAAACUUCCUGAAAUCCCCCACAAUUACCAUGAGCGCGAUGGUGAAGUGGCUACGGCUUAAGGAUGAAUAUCUCGCCACGACACUAGUGGGCCUGGUGGCUAAGCUUUUGAGGAGGCUGGGAGGGCUCAAUGUGACAACAGUGAAGCAAGACGCAUUGAGCUUUAUUGAGGGAGUCGCGGUGGAUGGCACAAUCAAGACGAUUCUCACCCCACGCGAGAAGGCUGAGCUGGUGCGCUCGCUUGAGGCGUACUACAAAAAGCCCGUUGUCACAGCUUCCACAGCUGCUCUCAAGAAACAAAGCUCCAUCACUUCGUUUGCCAAACCAUCCGACGUUUCGAGUCCUUCCCAUCCCCCCAGCGACGACGACUUCGAUGACCUUCCUGACAACACCCUCCUCGAGUUGUCUCGCUCCGUGGAAAUCAACAAAGAACGUGUCUCAGGUGAGGCCAAAAGCAAGGCAGAACAUGCCGGCAAGAUGCCUGCCACCUUCGCCACCUCCAAGGCGCGCCCUAUGCCCAAGCUUAUCCCCCCUCAACGUCCCAAGGAUGACGCCCGCAGCGUUCUUUCCUUCCGCGAGAAACGUGAACGGGAGAAGGAGGCCAAGAAAAAGCGCGACCUGGCUGAGCUCGCUAGACUCAAAAAGAACGCCCCUGCCAGUGGAGUCGCGGAGCUGACCGCCGAGCAAGGCUCUGGCCUCAAAGGUAUUGGUGUCAAGGGUAAAGACCAUGCUGCCCCGGCGGAGAGUAUGAUGGUUUCGUCUGGGUCUGACUCUGAAUCUGAGAGUGAAGAUGAACUAGACAAGGAGUUAUUUGGGGCCAAACCCAAGAAGCCCGAGGCCGUGGCAGCUUACGAACAAAGCAAGAAGCAGUCCAUCCAGCAGCAACCUGUCAAGAAAGUCAAGCGGCACCGGACCGCAAAGGAUAUGCGAGCUCGUCUCACCCCGGAUCUAGGCACCCUCCAUCACGCCAUGCUCUCGUGGGAGUUCUUCGCCAAGGGUGACCUUCCUCCCAACACCAGCCGCACCGACUACUCCUUGGUUUCCAAUACCUUCCGCUCUCCGACCGAUUACCAGAAGACCUUUGAGCCCCUGUUGAUCCUCGAAGCCUGGCAAGGAUUCCAGCAGGCCAAGGAAGACGGUGUUUUCCGCCCCUUCGAAGUGAAGAUCAUGUCCCGCUUGACCGUCGACGCAUGGAUUGAAUUCAGUACCCAACCCGCGGGUCCCCCUCUCAAGGAUAAGGACUUCAUGCUCGGAGAAGGCGACCUCGUCUUGUUCUCUAGCUCGUCGAACCCCACGGGUGAUCCGAAUGCAGGCCAUGUGCUCGCGCGAGUGUGCGCUGUCAACCGAAAAGCUGGCAAACAGGAAGUCGUCUACCGCAUCAACCCCUCAAACAACAAGUUCCUCUCUUCCCUUAGCACGGGCGCGACCACUUGGGCAGCCAAGAUUACCUCGAUGACCCCCGUGGAACGCGAGUACGGCGCAUUGAUGGCUAUGCAUUUUUACGACUUGUGCGAGGAAGUCGCCCUGGCCAAACCGUCCCCCAUCCUCAGUUACUCGGACACGCGGUUACAACCCAUCAUGGACAAUUACAGUAUCAACCGUGCUCAGGCCAAGGCCAUCAAGUCUGCAAUGGAUAACGACGCAUUCACUCUCAUCCAAGGUCCCCCUGGUUCCGGAAAAACCAAGACAAUUGUUGCUCUUGUGGGAAGUCUCCUGACCAAUGUACUCGGCCGAACGUCGGUGAGCAUCGGGUCAUACAACAAUGCUCAGCCUGCGAGGGGUUCGACCUCCAAAAAGCUUUUGCUGUGUGCACCCAGUAACGCCGCCGUCGAUGAAUUGGUCAUGAGAUUGAAGGAAGGUGUCAAAACUGUCUAUGGCCGCCAGGAGACUGUCUCGGUUGUCCGCCUGGGAAGAAGUGAAGCCAUCAACCCUAAGGUGUUGGACGUAACCCUGGACGAGAUGGUUAACUCUCGCCUGAGCCAGAACCCCGUUAAUGGCAACGGUGUCGACAUGCAGAAGCUGUAUGAAGAGCACAAAAAGACGGACAAUGGGUUCAAAGAGGCUCGCACGCGUCUCGACGACUGCCGAGCAAAGGGACUGCCCGCGCCGGAAGAGCUCGAGCGCGAAUUCGAAUUGUUGAAGAAGAAGCGAUCCCAGCUGAGUACGGACAUUGACAAGGCUCGCGAUCAGCUUCACACCUUAACUCGUAACGCCGAGCUGCACAAAAAGAGUAUUCAGGAAGAAAUUAUCAACGGGGCGCACGUCAUCUGCACCACACUCAGCGGUUCCGGUCAUGACAUCUUCCAGCACAUGAAUGUCGAGUUCGAAACCGUCAUCAUCGACGAGGCAGCGCAGUGCAUUGAGCUCAGUGCUCUGAUUCCACUCAAGUAUGGCUGUUCGAAAUGUGUCCUUGUUGGUGACCCCAAGCAGUUGCCUCCGACUGUUCUUUCGAAGAUGGCGUCUCAGUACCAGUAUGAACAGAGUUUGUUCGUUCGGAUGCAAAAGAAUCACCCCCAGGAUGUGCAUCUGCUGGAUAUCCAGUACCGUAUGCAUCCUGAUAUCAGUCGCUUCCCCAGCUUGACCUUUUACGAUGCCAAGCUCCAGGAUGGCCCUGACAUGGCCAAGCUCCGUAAUCGUCCUUGGCACCAGAGUGAAUUGCUUAGUCCAUAUCGGUUCUUUGAUGUCCAGGGCAUGCACCAGAGUGCGACCAAGGGCCACUCCUUGAUCAACUAUGCGGAAUUGCAAGUGGCGAUGCAGCUGUACGAUCGCUUGAUCACGGAUGUCAAGGAGUACGACUUCGCCGGCAAAAUCGGUAUCAUCACGCCCUACAAAGGUCAGCUCAGAGAGAUGAAGCUGCAGUUUGCAUCCAGGUACGGCGAGGAAAUCCUCAAGAAGGUCGAUUUCAACACGACAGACGCCUUCCAGGGUCGGGAGAGUGAGGUCAUCAUUUUCUCUUGUGUCCGAGCCUCAAAUAAAGGCAUUGGUUUCUUGGCGGACAUUCGACGUAUGAACGUUGGUCUCACUCGUGCCAAAUCGUCGCUGUGGGUUCUGGGGAACUCGCGGUCCCUGAUGCAGGGUGAGUUUUGGAAUUCUCUCAUCCGCAACGCUCAGGAACGAAAGGUCUACACCGAGGGCAACAUUGUGAAAAUCCUGUCCCGGCCGCAAUUCACCGGCUACAAAGAGGUUGAAAUGGUGGAUCUUGACGCAUCCGAGGCUCCUGCGACACCGGCAGAUGCUCCCUCCGUGCAGUCUAUUUCUCGUCCCUCUUCCGCCUCCAUCGGCCUCGACUCUCGUUCGGUGUCUGUGUCUGCCUCCGGACGCGGUACCCCUUCCAUACCACCGCCCGACGGCCCUUCUGGAGGAGGCAACGGGUUGGAUGUUACCAAAAUGUGUGGAAUUUGUGGCAGCUCUGAGCACUUCACCCACAACUGUGAUGAUGAGGAGGCCAAAGAAGCGGCUCGUGGAAAGUGCCAUCGGUGCGGGCAGUCCGGUCACAGUCGGAGCACCUGCAAGACUGAACGGUGCAGCGAUUGUGGGGAAUAUGGACACCUCUCUUCCAAAUGCACGGCCCCGAAGGCCCUUUCAAAUCGGCGGAAAGCAUUCCUUUCUAAUGAAGAGCGUGUUCACCGCGAGCAACAGAAGUCAUAUGCCGAACGCCAGCGCCAGCGCCAGCUAGGAGGACACGACCCCAAGGUGCCUGUGGUUCAGGCAACCACCCACACCCCAUCGCCCAAGAACGACGAGAACACGGGCAGUAAACGGAAGCGAACCGAUGCGGCUUCCGACGCACCCAAGGCGUCGCGUCCGCGCACCGGGCCCCCGUCGGCUGCGCCUCCCAACGCUUCGAAGGGCUCGCGAGUCGACGUCCCACCCGGACUGAUCAAGCCCUCUCGCGAUGGCCCGGCGUACCCACCAGUGGAGAACACGCGCCGGUCGGAUGGUGCGCCAUCGGGACCCGGCGCAGCAGAGGCCCCUAAACCUCGUCCGCCCAUGCCUCGCAAGAAGAAAGAAGUGGACCCAUUCAUCCGGCCGAAACCUCGGCGCAAGUGA